ACGAACGAUCAGACAGAAGGGAAGUCGUGUUGAUGCUGGUGGACGUGCAGGAGUUCGCAAGUAAGCUAGGGCGCUACUGCCGUACUGGGAAGAUCUCUACUGCGUAAGUGUCCCUCUCGAUCAUCUAGCUGAGAUUCAUCGCCAAAUGUUGUUACUCGCCAGUUUCCCUUAACCACUGGGGCUACCGCCAAAGCUCUCGGUAGCGGGUAACUAGCUUUCGGAUGCAGGAAAGCUUUUGGUAGUUGUUAUUGUUCUCGCUGUUGCCGCAACUGUAAUAGUAUUGGCAGCCCUCGCAGUCAGCGAGUGUGAAUCGCCGCCGUGGAAGAAAAGGAAGACCGUCGCCAUACUGUGUCGUUACGUUUCAUUACUGCUGUCGAAAAGUGCCCCACCAUCACAUUGGCGAUCGUGAAGUGUUAGUGCACAUUUGGUGAUGGUAUGAAACGGGUACCGAUAAUACUAAAUAGCUAACGUAACCUGGCAUACUAUUCGAGUGAUAAGUGUUCGACUGAUUUGAUUGAGAGGAGGUGGCAGAAGAGUUCGAGGCAGUUCUUUUUGACGACGGCAGUAAACAAGCGUCGACGCGGAUGUACUGCUGGAAUAACAUCAACAGUGGACAGCAAAUAAUGCUGCUGCUUCACCGUUUGGCGGUCGAUGCUGGCACCUCUUAGCUGGUCCAUCUGUCGUCGAGAAGUGACCGACAAACACCCGCACGAGUUUGUCCGCAAUAAUGUAUCACGUAAUGACUUAAGUUCGAAUUUGCGACGAGAAAAGACAUCACCGUCAUUUUCAGUCUCUCUACUGAGAUUCAGUGAAUAACGCGGUCGUUCCAAUCGUUUAUAAGGUUUACUGGCCGUAGAUACAUGUAUAUCCACUCCUACUGAUCAUCAUCAUGUGGCCUAACUAAAUAGUAUGUAUAAAGUAGUAUAUUGCCGGUCGCCCAAAUGCUGCUUCUGCCAGGACAGUAACGUUUCGCCAUUGAGCGAUGUGGACAGUGUGACUCGAACAACUAUAACUAGACCUCUACCAGCUGGCGAUAAUUCCACAGGAGUACGCUCAACAUACGCAUCAAUUUGACGCUGCUCUCGCCUCUUCUGUCAUCGCUGUUACUCCCGUUAAUGUCGUGUAACGGCAGCAGUAGUAAAAUUUCAAACGAUUAACAAAUGCGCUAAGAGCGGCAUUAAUACUGGAAGCGGCAACGUUUGUUGUAACCGCAUUAUUGAAGAAUCAAGCCAGUAUCAGUAAAACGUUACGAAAACGCCUCAGACAAAGCAACAGAACGAGAGAAAACGGCCACACACAGAGUGAGCAAGCAAAGGUCGACUACUAAUAGGACGGACGAAAUCGUUGGAUAAAAAAUUAUUUAGUGAGGAGCAUUUCCUUUAGUUGUUUGUGUCGUGGUCAUAAUGUGUGUACAGGUUAAUACAAAUACGCCUCUUUUCGUUUGAGUUUGAUAUCAUCGCGACUGCUGAGGCCGCGUAUUGUAAUAGUAACCGCGUAAUAGUAACGGCGGUACCAGCGGCGAGAAGGUUCGACCCCAAAUACUGCACCACUAUCGAGGAUUAUUUUUCCUGUCGCAAAAGGAAAAGGAGAAAUCUAAAGGCCCAACUUGAUCUUUCUCACAUAAUCAAAAUCUCAAAAUCGAUACGCAGUCUGAAGCAACGCAGGAUCAUAAGCGAUAUGGUCGUGGCAGAAGCGCCUGUCUACUUGUAUUUGUAGGUCGUUGUCGUAGUGCUCGUGUUACCACUGGUGGCUCGAGCUACCAUUGCGUGUUCUACUUUAUCAUAUACCACUUCAGAGAGGUGUUGUACAUGCCGCUAACAGGCAACUGAUUAGCCUACUGUAAAUAAGUAAGAGGCGACAGUAAACGAAAAGCUGCUAUAGGAUCAUUUAUAAGCAUUGAUUAACCAUAGAGGAGACGUAGUAGUGUGCGUAAUUGAGUGAAUUCUGCUAAUGUGGGUAAGUUUCCAUCAACGAUCCGAGCCAAACCGACGAACAGGGGCAUCUAAACAAGUGCCAGUAGAAACGAGUAUCAGUUGAUAAGGUUUACCAGCUACUGCGGCGGACUAAGCAAUACAUUGUCUCUUUGAAUGUAGUAGUAAAUCUCCUGGGACCCCUUGAACAAAGCAUCACCUGCGCACGCAGCCCUGCUCCCACCUGACGUUGGGUGGUGACGCACCGCUGUUACAGUCGCAGGCGCAGCGGCAUAAAACUAGCCUGAAACAUGCUUCUAGACAUGACGACUACAUCGGGAUCACAUCCAUCCGUUGGACUGGGCCAGCACGAUCAGCCCAUGCCAUCACAUCCGGCCACGGGAGGUGGCGAAGGUGGCCGACGAGUAAAACCAUUGAACGACCACUUUCCCGGCUGCCGCCUAUUAACUACUGAGGAAAAUCAGGCACUUCGAAACCAGUGUGACGUCCUAAAUUACGUGAUCAAAGCUGCAGGCGUUGUUCAACUGUACUGCAGCUCACCAUCUGUGCAAGGUGGCCGCCACGAUCAUUGGAGACUAUUAAAGGUGGGAGUUGCUUGCUUCAUCAAGGACAACUCGGCAUGCGGUUUUUUUAUUCGGCUCUUCGAUAUCAAAGAGCGCCAAUUUUGUUGGGAGCAGGAACUUUUUACACAAUUCAAGUACGAGGCGCGGAUGCCGUAUUUUCACGAGUUUGAGGCUGAUUUUUGCAUGGCAGGGUUGAAUUUCUCAAACGAAGAUGAAGCCCGAUUAUUCAAACAGGCCGUGGAUCACAAGAUUACGAUGCGGCGAGUUAAAUUGGAGGAACGCAAACGGCAAGCGGCCCAGGGUGCUCGGGGUAGCCGGGGCGAUCCAUCGGUACUCAACAACAACCACAGCAAUAACAAUAAUAACCAUUUAGGUCACAUCAACAAUAAUAACAAUCAUUUUGCAACAAUUGGCGUAAAAGGCCCGAAAUCGCACAAGAGCAGUGACAAGAAAAGAAAAAUAACCAAAAAAGACAUUGGAAUGCCGACGGACUUCGUGCACGUUCGACAUGUUGGACUCGAUACCGCUAUUAAUGAUGAGACGUUAAGCGACCUGAACCUGCUAGACCUAGAUCGCGUUUAUGAGCAAGCCGGCAUCUCUCGAGAUCAGGUGGAAAAUAAUCCUUAUAUCCAACAAGAAGUGAGGCGCGUUAUGCGUCAGCAGGUAGACAGCAAUAUGCUCAGCGAAACCACAAUCUCAGCAAUUCAUCGUAGACAGCCACCAGUACCUCCAAUCAGGACGGAUCCGAAGCCUGUACCACCUCUGCCGCCUUCGGCACCAAAUCACCAACCGCCCUCAAGGCAAUUACCACCUGUUCCUCCUCAUGGCGGGCGAUCUCCAGCUCCGCCAAAGCCACACAGGUUGACCACUGGUUCUCACACGCACAAACCACCCCCUCCGGUACCCCCGCCGCACCAACAGCAGCAGCAGCAGCAGCAUCGCGGUGCAUCUAUGCAGCCGGUACAGCCGGUUCGUCUGUCGCCCCCAGCACCUCCACCGCCUCCUCCGGCACCUGGAGGGGCGUCGCCAGGAGGGGCGGUUUUACCUCCUCCACCCCCUCCGCCACCCCCGCCCAUGACCAGUCCCCCGGCUCCGCCAAUGUCGAAACUAAACGGCACCACAAUUCCGUCAUCCAAUGGCAUGUCUACGCCAAGCACUGGAAAUGGAGGCGGCGGCGCGACUGGAGGCCGUGAUGCCCUGCUGGAACAGAUCAGAGCGGGAAAAAUACUGAAAAGAGUUGAAGUUUCAGACACCCCUGCCGCAAAUUCCGUAAGCUCAGUUUCGGAAGGUCGCGACGCUCUACUUGAGCAGAUUCGCGCGGGUAAAACUUUGAAGCCCGUGGCUGACCGGCCCCAGAGACCAGAAGUCCCUCGUAAUGCGAGCAACAAUCAAAAAGUUGAAAAGGAACUCGACGGAUUAGCAGAAGCCCUCAAGAAAGCUAUCCAAAUUCGAAACGACGCUUUACAAUCUGAUGAUAGCGAUGAUUCGACGUGUGAGGCCCUCGACGAUGACGAGUGGGACGACUAGUACACUCCGGGCCCGACGGUCACGGUGCUUAAUGGAGUACGGCUAGCGGGCGGUUACUUUCGGAGUUCAGGAGCCGCACUAACCCAGGUGGCAUCGCCAACUGAGCUGGUUCAACCGACGCCCGCAGGAACUCCACCAUCGAUCCGACGUCGACGAAGUGGCGGGUCAAUUCUUAGCUCUGUUUCAGUAUCGACGUCUUGUCCGCCUCCCCUAUAUAGAAGUUCCUCGAGCAGCUCACCCGCCCCUAUACCUUCAGGUGCGACUCCUACUCCGCAUCUUCAAGCUACAGCUUUAUUAAACAGAAAACAGCAGCAGCAGCAGCAGCAGCAGCAGCAGCAUCAGUAAAGUACCAACAACAACGGCAAUAUGAACUGCCAAUAGCGUUUACAUAGUCAAUAAGUAACUUCAAACGAGUUGACAUCCUUGAUAUUUGUUGGGACUUGUUCAAAUUCCAUUUGAACUGAAUACUGGUCUGACACGGCAUAAAGAGAUAGAGUGAUCGUAAUAGCAGUAUCGUGGUGCUGCUGCUUUACUCAAAACACCAAUCGUAACAAUGGGAAAUCGUAUAGGGAAUAAGUUAUACUUAACUAUGUUCAAAGCUGAACUUUGUUUACUGGCCAGAUCUUACAACAAUUGGUUAGCCUGUUGAUUAAAUCGAUGGAGUUUGCUGAUAAGAUAUACGGCACCAGUAUUGCAGUGUGACAAUAAGCAGCUUCUGAGCAACAAGAAACAAAUAAAUUUUCUGGUAACAGAACAAAAAGAGCACCGCAAACAAAUUCAAAUAAAUCGAACGAUAGAAAAUAGCGGAAAGACAAUUGAAGAUAUUAGUACGAUCAAAUUUGUAUUACUCUGCCGGUAUAUGCAUUUUGUUAGCCAGGUUUCUCACCUAGCUAGUAUCCAGCGUGGUAUUCGAUACAAAAUAAAUCUACCCAAGGCCCUACGAAACUGUUCCAUACCGUGGGGUAGUACGCUGUUACAUGCGUAAUUAUGUAAGUGCUACAUCUAGUAUUUAAUCAUUGCUGUCAGUUUCGCUCGUUCUAGAAAUGACAAAAGCCUAAAAGGCUGUCGUAUCAAACUCUGAUUAUUGACACGAUCAAGGGCUGUUUUAGGGUGCGGAGCUAGCGGAAGACUUCGAGGACCCACUACGUAGUUAACUAACUGGUUACGGACCGGUCUUCUUGCCCUAGCUGUUUGUAAGUGCGACACAAAUCAAACUGUCCAUACCAGCUGGCCACAUUACGAGACAAACACUGACGAGAACGAAGAAAGCCAGAGAUCACUCUUCAGCCCUAUACAUUACAUAAACACCAAACAUGCUAACUGCAAAGAUCGCACAGUCGUUCUUGAGUCUCAGCAGUACUAGAUUUAUAUACAGAGAGAAGGAAAUAUAAGUAUGUUCGAGAAGAAUAAUGAUAAGGAAAGGUAGUUAUCAUACUGGAGAAGAUAGAAGCGUUGGGCUUUUGUUUGUUUGUUUGUUUAGGGGGUGGAGAGGAGAGGGGGGGGGGGGGGGGCUCGUCACUCUAUACGGGUUAACCAUGUUGCCAAAAAUGUACAGCUGACCCUGUGUUAAUUACUUGGACAACUGAAAGACUUUUUAAAAGACGGUCAGGGGUUAACAAUGUACAGAUGUGCAUAUUUCGACGCCUACGUAUUUACAAACUGGCUGAAGGCGGCGGUACUGGGCUGAACGAACAAAAAAAGAACAAAGCAUUUAAGUACGUAAUGGAAGCGGCGUGUGUACGUGACCAUAUUUGAACACGUAACGAAAUGCUAACAAUGGUGACACCGCUGACGAUCCGCGAGAAGCCCUAAUUGGAUAAGGAAGAUGAGGGUUGAAGAAUGGUUCGUAACGAACAGUUUGUAGCACGGAGGCGGCGAGGAAUGGGUGUUAAGUUGCAAAUAAUGUUACGAUGAUACAUAUCGUGGCAGUGAUAAUGAUGAUAAUAAUUAUUAUUUGAUAUGAUAUUAUAAUAGAUAGUCUAAAAUGGAGCAAGGGUGUGCAAUAUGUCAAAUUUACGGUGUAUCUUUUCUUCUUAGCAAAAAGCCUGCCGAAUAAAGUGAUUCACACAAUUAUUGAUAAAAUGAUUAUUAGAUCAACGCUGUGAGCGUGAGAUGUGGGAGCGGUGGCGCACAUCAAACCAGAGUCGACUAGCAGUAGCGUCAGCAACAGUUACGACGAUCAGUCGGAAGAAGCCGAUAGAGAAGAAAAACACGAACAACAGCAUAUGCGUUAACGUAUGGUAAAAUGCUUGACACCUAGAUACGUAGUCCUGACUAAUAGGUAGGAUAAGAAAGGAGUACACUAAACUAUUACUAGUAUUAUUGCUAUUAGCAUAUCUUUUAAACGCCCUUUUUAUUACAAUAGUGCUUUGAUUAGAAUUCUGAACUAAGUGAUACUGUGUGUCCUUCCUUUUGUCCAAAUGGACAGGACACACAACGAUAUUAACCAAAACAAGAAAUGCUGAGAGGUCGCGAUUUAAUGAUGCAACUCGAGCAGGACGAAUCCGAACAUUGGUAAAAAUGAUUAUAAUAACAAAAAAAAAAAACGAAAAAAAAACAAAAAAAACAAAGGACUAAUGCGUACUUGCCGCUGUCGAAAUAUAGGUGCGACGUAAUCGAACGAAACAGCUGACCACGCAAAAAUUAUCGCACCCCUAUUUACACAUCAAUUAUCCUCUUAUUGUAGCUAAAUAGUUAAAUUAUAAAUGACGAAAAAGUGCAUCCACGGCUUUGGCCAUUCCUUUCCAUUCUGGGAAGAAUUACCUCUAAAUCAUGCAAAUCAUGUUAUUUGUUGCGUCCACGAAAAGGGUGUAUAUAUAUAUAUAUAUAUAUAUAUAUAUAUAUAUAUGAGAUAUCUAUUUUUUGAUAAAAACAAAAACGACGUUAUGAAUAGUGUAUUUGAAAGAUGGAAAAGUAAAGAAGCAUAAGGCAAACAGUGAUCACAGGAGCGUUGCAAGGCACAUAUGAGGAAACGGUUACUAUUAUUAUUAUUAUACUAUUACCAAAACUAUAUACAAAAACAAAUCUUUAUAUGUAUUGCAUAAGCAUACUUAAUUUAUAAUAAGUGGUGUACUAUCGAUCAACUGGAACUGAACGAAAGAGAAUUCGUGUGCAAAAGAAAGAACCGAGAUGAACUGAGAAAAAGAGGACGCUUGUCACAGCAACGAACUCGGAGUGAGAAUCAUCGGUACACGCAUGUAUGUUUGUAUGUAUGUAUGUGUAUUGUCUACAAAAAGCAGCGCCCCCCAAAAAAAACCUCUAAAUGGUGUCCCCACGCAAAAGAGAUAGCUCAUUGCCUGCUGGCUUAUUAGCCAGCUAUAUUUUGACUCCCCAACUGGCGUGGAUGCCUCCUAAAGGUUUCGAGGUGGUGUACAUCUGAACAAAAUUCGAUGAACACAUCAUUUUUAAACAAAUAAUGAUGCAGAGAACGAUCUUAGGCAAAGUGACGGGAGGAAUGCUAAUAAUAAUAAUAAUAAUCGCAAGAAGCAAAACCGAAUGGCGAAAUGACGUGAGACCGCGUAGCAGACCGCAGACGUGGGCGACAGUAACUAGUAAUAGUUUUACUGGCUACUUAGGAAUCCAAAGGAGAUAAUUGAGAUACUACCAGAUCCUGUUCAUAAUUAAAGAUUCGGCAAAGUAUGAGACAAAUGUACUGUGUGGCUAAAAUUUGACCGUUUUAUUAAGUACAGAGCAAUAUAAUAAGGUUAUAGGUUAGGUUUCAUGGAGAAAAUGUUGGGAAAAGAAGGAAAGAAAAAAAACAGGAAAUAGCUGGCCAUAGUUAAUGAACAUAGCCACAAGCAGGAUAAAUGCUCCAUGUUUUGCGCCUUCAACUGCUAACUGCUUGGAAAUGGAGGUAAAGUAUGCCGAAAUAAAUUCGCCAUUUGACGAAUGUUUCAUUGCUGGCUCAUGUGUAGAGUUACAAUCGAACGAUCUAAGUUUUUUAAUUACUCGCGCAGGGUAGAAUAGCGCUGAGCAAUGAAGCCUUCUUCCACAGAAGACAGUGAUUCGGAUGUGACAACUGAAAGGAAGAUCUCGAGCGAACUCUCGAACGUGUGCACAGAUUUCAAAUGUAAAAACGGCUAGAUGAUCUUCAUGAGCACAAUGCUUCUUACGGAGAAAACAGUGAAAUAUCUAUAGACGUUCAGCGAAACUAUAUGGGAGACAAAAAGAAGAAAAUGCUUCAAAGUAGACAUGAAAUGCUAUUAUCAGUAUAGUAUAAAAUUAACUAAUUGUAAGUUA